UCUUCCCUUCACUUCCGUUGAACAUCGCGUCGUCGUUUGUCCUGUGCGACUACCCGUCCGCAUACGAAUCUAACCCGGGAACUGAGUCGGAGGGGCGCGGUCUGUGCAGUUACUUUCCUGGAUCUAGCCGACUUCUGACGUCCUCCUGACUUGCAAGAUGUGCUCCCUGGGGUUGUUUCCCCCCCCGCCGCCUAGGGGUCAAGUCACCCAGUAUGAGCACAAUAACGAGCUGGUAACGGGCAAUGAUUACGAGAGCCCGCCUCCCGACUUCCGGGGCCAGUGGAUCGAUCUUCCUAUUCUACAACCGAACAAGGAUCUGCUAAAGACCCCUGGGAGGCUGGACCAAAGCACAAGAACUGCUUUCAUCCAUCACCGGGAACAAGUGUGGAAGCGGUGUAUCAACAUUUGGCGUGAUGUGGGCCUUUUUGGAGUGCUGAAUGAAAUUGCAAACUCAGAGGAAGAGGUUUUUGAAUGGGUGAAGACGGCAUCCAGCUGGGCCCUGGCACUCUGUCGUUGGGCCUCCUCCCUCCAUGGGUCCCUGUUCCCUCAUCUGUCUCUCAGGAGUGAAGAUCUGAUUGCUGAAUUUGCCCAAGUCACAAAUUGGUCCAGCUGCUGCUUGAGGGUCUUUGCAUGGCAUCCUCACACCAACAAGUUUGCGGUGGCCCUGCAGGAUGACACCAUUCGUGUGUAUAAUGCCAACAGCACUAUAAUUCCUUCCCUGAAGCAUCGGCUACAGCGAAAUGUGGCAGCUCUGGCCUGGAAGCCUCUCAGUGCCUCUGUCUUGGCUGUGGCCUGCCAGAGCUGUAUUCUCAUAUGGACUCUAGACCCCACUUCCUUGUCUACCCGACCUUCUUCUGGCUGUGCCCAGGUAUUAUCUCAUCCUGGACACACACCUGUCACCAGCUUGGCCUGGGCCCCCAGUGGGGGGCGGCUGCUCUCAGCCUCACCUGUGGAUGCUGCAAUCCUGGUAUGGGACAUCUCAACAGAGAUCUGUGUCCCGCUUCCAUGGUUUCGAGGAGGCGGAGUUACUAACUUGUUGUGGUCCCCAGAUGGCAGCAAAGUCCUGGCCACCACUCCUUCAGCUGUCUUUCGAGUCUGGGAGGCCCAGAUGUGGACUUGCGAGAGAUGGCCCACUCUGUCAGGGCGCUGUCAGACUGGCUGCUGGAGCCCAGAUGGAAAACGACUGCUGUUCACUGUAUUGGGGGAACCACUGAUUUACUCCUUGUUAUUCCCAGAACGUUGUGGUGAGGGGAAAGGGCGCGUUGGAGGUGCAAAGUCAGCGACGAUUGUGGCAGAUCUGUCUGAAACAACAAUACAGACACCAGAUGGUGAGGAGAGGCUCGGGGGAGAGGCCCAUUCCAUGGUCUGGGACCCCAGUGGGGAGCGUCUGGCUGUGCUUAUGAAAGGAAACCCACGGGUACAGGAUGGGAAACCAGUCAUCCUCCUUUUUCGUACUCGAAACAGCCCUGUGUUUGAGCUGCUUCCUUGUGGCAUUAUCCAGGGUGAGCCAGGAGCCCAGGCCCAGCUCAUCACUUUCCAUCCUUCCUUCAAUAAAGGGGCCCUGCUAAGUGUGUGCUGGUCCACAGGCCGGAUCGCCCACAUCCCUUUGUACUUUGUCAAUGCCCAGUUUCCACGUUUUAGUCCAGUGCUUGGCCGGAGCCAAGAGCCCCCAGCUGGUGGAGGCUCUGUUCAUGAUCUGCCACUAUUUACUGAGACAUCCCCAAGCUCUGCCCCUUGGGACCCUCUCCCAGGGCCACCAACUCUUCAGCCCCACUCUCCUCAUUCCCACCUCUAAUUAAAGGUUUGUUUUCCAUUCA